CCCUUUAUUAAUUCGGUAUCCUACAAAACAUAAACAUCAUCAACGGCAGUGAAGCCAUCAAACGCUGCCGUGUAGGAGGGUGGCGGUUGAUGAAUCAAACAGGCUCGCAAGUUUCCGCGUUGUUCUAGGCUGUCAAAAAAUAUGUCAUCCACCUCUUUCUUUUUCUAUAAUUUAUUUUAUUUUAAAAUUUCAUAAAUAUUCAGACACUCUCUCUCUUGUCUCUCUCAUAUCUGAGUGGUACGCCAUAGCUCGUCUUUUCUUUUCUUGUUUCAAUCAGAUCUCUUGGUCACUUGAAAAAGAAUCAUGGAGCUCAACUUCCUAUCUAGAGCUCUGAGUUCUUUCAUCCUUGUACUCACAAUACUUGCAUCCUUCUCAUCCUCAAGUUUCAUCACAGAUGGUGUGCUGGAACCGCAGGAUUUGGCUUUAGGAAGAAACCUACUCCAGACCAAGAAAACAUGUCCAGUGAACUUUGAGUUCAUGAACUACACAAUCAUAACAAGCCAAUGCAAAGGUCCCAAUUACCCAACCAAGGAAUGCUGUGGCUCCUUCAAGGAAUUUGCGUGUCCUUACACUGAUCAACUCAACGAUUUAAGCAAUGACUGUGCAACCACUAUGUUCAGCUACAUCAAUCUCUAUGGUAAAUACCCCCCUGGAAUCUUCGCAAACCAGUGCAAAGAAGGUAAAGAAGGCCUCGAGUGCCCCGCUAUGUCUCCCGGUUCAGCAUCAGACGUAAACGCAGCUGCCGCUUCUUCUCGUCUUUGGCUGACCGUCUCCACAGCUUUAUUCGUAUUUGUUAAGUUGCUCUAAGGCCAAGCCAGUAAUGUAACAAGCUGAGUGUCUGUAUGUAUAUCCACGAUUUGUUUUACUUGGUACUUUCUCAUUCUUUUGAUUUUUGAGGCUUCCAAAAAAUUCUAAACUGAUAAUAUGUAUUUGACUUUUGUGUGUCUCGUUCACUUAUAUUAAUCGACCAUUGAGGUAAACACCGAUUCCAAAGAUCCUGAGUAGUAGUAAUUAAGAGGAUUGAAACAAGUUCUUCUUCCACAUUCAUCAUGUGUAUUCAAAAGUAACAACUU